CAACUCUCUGUCCUCCCACCCGCUCGCCGCCUCGCCCACCACCACGCACACGUUUUCCUACCAGCCACACACACGGCCGCUUGCACUUGCAUAGCAUCUCCCGCGAACGACACGAACCGGCAGCGCGCGCCCGUCCCCGUCCCCGCCAUGAGCGGCGUGAAGAUGGAGCUCGACAACAAUCCCCCCGUUAAGGCCGACCCGGACGCGAUGGGCUCGCCGGGCAUCUAUGUCGACGACGACGUCUACGAAGACACCGGCGAGCUUACCAUCCCUGGCGACUUUGGCUCGCAGAACGUGUGGCUGUCGCGCGUGCCAAAGUGGCUGUGGGACGUGCUGGCGAACGCCGAGGACGACGAGGAGCUCGAGAUCGGGAAGCUGAUGAAGUGGGAAGAGGGCGGCGAGCAGAAGUCGAAGCUCGUGUUGCGUCAGGACCUUCCGAGGUUUUCGGAAGUCCCCAAGGAAUAUCAAGUCAACACCGUUAACAACAACCCCAUCAACACUUUCGUCUUCUCCGAGAAGGAUCUCGAAGGCUACAACCCAAACGCCUACAAGCGCCCCGGCCAGCAGCAAAGAUUCGGAUCCGGACCUAGCGGCGACCGGAUCCGCGACGGGCGGGUCGAUAAGUUUCGGAGGGGCAAGAAGCCGAUUCCCAAGAACACGGCGCUAGCCGCGCGGUCGGCGCUGGACUUGUCGUGCGUGCCCGUCGAGAACGAAGAGCUGUUUGCAUUCCGGGCGCGCGAAACUGCCAAGACGCAAAAAUCGACGAACCGGCUGGUGCUGGAAGAGGACCUCCGCAAAUUCACCAAGCUCAUCGGCGGCAUCGCCUCCACGACCGGCAGCAACGUCAUCAAGAUCGCCAACAACAAGCCCAAGGCCAAGGCGCAGGAGAACAAGUACGCGCGUAUUCCGCAGAACGAGCUGCUCGAUAUGCUGCUCAAGCACUUCAAGGAGUACCGGUAUUGGCCGAUUAAGUCGCUUAAGGAGAAGACGCAGCAGCCCGAAGCGUAUCUCCGUGAGACGCUGGCCAAGAUCGCGACGUUGGUGCGAACAGGCCAAUAUGCGAAUACGUGGAUGCUGAAUCCGGAGGCCGAGGUCGCGAACUAUGCUCAUGCGGAGCAGGACGCCAUCAAGGAGGAGAUGGCGCCCGAGCCAGAGUUUGCCGAAGACGAAGAUGACGAGGACGAGGGCGACGAGGAGAUGGUCGAUGUUGUCUGAGUCGACGUCGAUGAUGCUUGUUUAUCUGUUUGUCUACCUGUCUGGUUGCAUGGCGUUGCGGCGUGGCGGGUGCGCUGCUGGUUUUUUGACAUGAUGUGUAAUGCAACAUCGGUUCUCAACAUGAAGGACUUGUCCUGAUCAGUGUCUCGACUCGGCAGAGGUUGGCAUGGGCUGGUUAUAUCAAAUAGCUGCGCCGGCAGAACAACCGGUAUAAAUAGAAAGAAAAGAAAAGAAGAAGUUGAGAUGAAUAUUCUCG